AUGAGUUAUAAAUUUAUAGACAUUGGAUCAAAUCUAUGUGAUGAAAUGUUUCAAGGAAAAUAUAAUCACACAGGAAAGCAAUACCACGAAGCAGAUUUGGGAACAGUCUUGGACAGAGCAUGGAAUAAUGGUAUGGAUAAAAUUAUUAUUACAUCUGGAAGAUUAAGUGAAGUUAAAGAAUCAUUAGAGCUAAUAAACAAAUAUGAUAAUGGAAGCAAUAGAUUAUUUACAACUAUAGGUGUUCACCCAACAAGAUGUUCACAAGAACUAGUUAUUGAAGGCAGCGAAAACAACGAAAUUAAACCAGAUUAUAUCAAAGAGCUUUUAAAACUCUAUAAUGAAAAUAAAGAUAAAGUUGUAGCAGUUGGCGAGUUUGGUUUAGAUUAUGACCGUUUACAAUUUUGCUCAAAAGAAAUUCAAAUAAAGUGUUUUGAAUAUCAAUUUAUUUUAGCAGAAAAAACAAAUUUACCAUUAUUCUUACAUUUACGUAAUGCUGCUCAAGAUUUUAUUGACAUAGUUAAAAGAAAUAGAUCAAAAUUUAAAUACGGUGUAGUUCAUUCAUUUACCGGUACAGAAGAUGAACUUAAACAAUUAUUAGAAUUGGAUUUGUAUAUUGGUAUCAAUGGUUGUUCAUUAAAAACUGAAGAAAAUUUAAGUGUUGCUGCUAAGAUUCCAAUAGAAAGAUUAUUAAUUGAAACCGAUUCACCUUAUUGCGAUAUAAGAAAAACUCAUGCAAGUUAUAAAUAUGUUAAAACAGUUUUCCCAAUUUUAAAAAAAGAGAAAUUUAAAUUAGAUUCCCAGGUUCAAGGUAGAAACGAGCCAUGUAAUAUCAUUAAUGUAUUGGAGGUUAUUUCAGGAUUAAAACCAGAACAAUCAAUAGAGGAAAUUUCAAGCCAUAUUUAUUUAAACACUUUAAAAAUAUUUUUUGGAAAAGAAAAUUAG